AUGACGUUCAUCACCCAUCUCUGGAAUAAACUGACACAAAACAAGGCUCUAGAAUGUUCUAGCGGCAAACUGGAGACAAGAUUCUUUGAAACUAUAUACAGAAUUGUUUAUGUCACAGGGUUGUCGACAGUUGAAAAUAGCGUAGGAUAUUUUAUAUACAGUAGCAUAGUAAAGCUAUUUAUUAUGCUUAUAGUUUUCGGAGAGAUAUGGUAUAUGUUCAACAUAACAUGGACCGUUGACGUGGCCACUGAAAGCAUAAAUGCAACUUUUAUUCAGUUCAGCUCACUUUUUAAGUAUCGCAACAUGAUUAAAUACCGCAAAACCUUCAGAAUUUUAGCAUCGGCAAUGGAAUCACCGAGUUUUGACAUAUCUAAUGAAGCGAGGAGGAAAAUAGUGGAUGUGUGGGUUAAAAGAAAUAGAACGUAUUUAAUGAUUCUUUUGAGGCUCGGGACUUGUACCCUAGUUGCUUGGUAUGGGUAUCCUUUUAUGGACGAUAUUGACUAUAACUUGAUGGUGCCUGUUUAUUUGCCAUUUGAUUACACCGACCCCUCUACAUAUUCAAUAGUCUACACAACGGUAGUGGUAAUGUUUACUUACGUAUCGUACUUCGUGAUGGUGUAUGAUAUUCUCAUUCAGGUUUACUUGAUGCAACUAUUGUGCCAAUUUGCGGUGUUACAGGAUUGUUUUACUAAUGUAUUGAGUGAUUGUGCGGAAGACUUUAAAGGGAUGACAGAAACUCAAUUGUUGGACGACGAAAGAUUUCAAUAUAGAAUUAGAAAACGACUUAGGGACUUGAUCAACCAACAUAGAUUUAUUUUAAAUAAUACGCUGGAUCUUCGUGAAAUAUUAAGUGGUCCAAUGCUAGGACACCUGGCAACAAGCACAGUAUUGAUCUGUGCUAUAGGCUACCAAAUUGUCAUGUCCGUUUCAGUAAACUUAACUAAAUCGCUGAUGGCGUUUUUCUAUCUUGGAUACAACAUGGUUGUACUGUAUAUUCUUUGCCGUUGGUGUGAAGAAAUAUCCAUACAGAGCGAGGGUAUUGGUUUUACAGUGUACUGUUCUGGAUGGGAACGUGGCCUGGCUUCCAUCCCUGGCGUCCGGUCUACUCUACUCCUGGUCUUCACUAGAGCUAAUAAACCUCUGGUCCUCACAGCCGGAGGAAUGUAUGACCUGUCAUUGGCAUCAUAUGCUAAUUUGGUGAAAACAUCGUAUAGUGCACUGACGAUGUUGCUUCGAUUUCGUCGAGAUUAA